CCGGGAAUGGGGGAGCUGCUGCUGCCGCCGCCGCCGCUCUGCCCGCGCCCCGCGGCUCCGGCGCCGCCUCCUCCGCUCUCGGCCUGAAGCGCGCUCGCUCUCGUGGAUCCCGGCGCGGAAGGGGCCAUGGGCCGCCUCCCCGAGGCGCGGCGGCUGUGAGGCGGCCGGCGCUCGCUCGGGGAGCCGCGGGGAGAGGCUGCCGGCUGCCGGCCAGCCYGCGCCGGGGAGGGGAGUGCCGCUCRCAGCCGGCGGCGGGCGCGCAGGCAGCACCUCGGUGCCGGUGACUUGGGGGUGCCGCUCCCCGCCCGCGCCCGGCCGCGGCCGUGCAUGGAUGCGCCAUGGCCACGCUGGUGUGCCGGGUGCAGCUGCUGGAUGACACCGACCCCUUCAACAGCACCAACUUCCCCGAGCCCACCCGGCCGCCCCUCUACACCUUCCGGGAGGACAUCCCGCUCGCCACCCAGCUGGCCGGGGUGCACCGCCUCCUCCGCGCCCCGCAGAAGCUUGAUGACUGCACCCUGCAAUUGUCYCAUAAUGGUACCUAUCUGGAUCUAGAAUCCACUCUAGCAGAGCAAAAAGAUGAAUUAGAAGGCUUCCAGGAGGAUGCUGGGAGGGGCAAGAAGCACAGCAUAAUUCUAAGGACCCAGCUGUCAGUGAGAGUCCAUGCCUGCAUUGAAAAACUUUACAAUUCCAAUGGACGGGAGCUGCGACGGGCACUUUUUUCCUUGAAACAAAUAUUUCAGGAUGACAAGGACUUGGUUCAUGAAUUUGUUGUUGCUGAAGGUCUGACUUGCUUAAUCAAAGUGGGAGCAGAAGCUGACCAGAAUUAUCAGAACUACAUCCUGAGAGCUUUGGGCCAGAUAAUGCUUUAUGUCGAUGGCAUGAAUGGAGUGAUAAAUCAUAAUGAAACCAUCCAAUGGCUGUACACGCUUAUUGGCUCAAAGUUUCGCCUGGUGGUAAAGACAGCACUGAAGCUGCUGCUGGUGUUUGUGGAGUACACAGAAUCCAACGCACCACUUUUGAUCCAGGCAGUAUCUACAGUGGAUGAAAAGAGAGGAGCCAAGCCAUGGUCCAACAUCAUGGAGAUACUGGAGGAGAAGGAUGGGGUUGAUACGGAACUACUGGUUUAUGCAAUGACYUUGGUUAACAAGACGCUGUCAGGAUUGCCAGAUCAAGACUCUUUCUACGAUGUGGUGGACUGUCUGGAAGACCUAGGCAUUGAAGCUAUUUCACAGAGACACUUGAACAAGAAAGGAACAGACUUGGACUUAGUUGAGCAAUUUAACAUUUAUGAGGUGACGCUGAGGCACGAAGAUGGGGAUGAGAGCGCUGAGCCCCCUCCGAGCGGGCGCAAGGACCGCAGGAGGGCCAGCCUGGGCGCAGGGGAGCGCCGGGGGCUGGAGCGCCGGCGGAGCCGCAGGCACUCGGCACAGAACAUCAAGAGCACUUUAUCGGCCCCCGCCAGCCCCUGCGGGCCGUCCAGCUUCACACUGAGCCACGGGCAGCGUGCAGAGGAGCUCAGUGAGAGAUACAAUAGCUAUGGCAGCAGCUCUUACUCUUCKCCAAGACCUUAUGCUGGUGUGAGUGCCCCUACAACACCCACCACCCGUUAUGGGACAACUCUCUCACCGCCUCAGGAGACCAAAUCUGACAGGCCAGCUUUGGGUGGUCUCCUUACAUCAUCUUUUCGGCAGCACCAGGAGUCCUUGGCAGCAGAAAGAGAGAGACGGCGUCAGGAGAGAGAAGAAAGGUUGCAAAGGAUAGAACGUGAAGAAAGAAACAAAUUCAACCGUGAUUAUUUAGACAAAAGAGAAGAGCUAAGACAAGCAAGAGAAGAGAGRUACAAAUACUUGGAGAAGUUGGCAGCAGAGGAGUAUGAGAAGGAGCUGAAGAGUCGGAGUGUCAGCCGAGGCAGGAGUGAGCUGUCCUUGAAUCUGAGAUCUCCUUCAGCUCCAUCCUCUCCUGUACCCAAGUGCAUCAGCCCAGCACCCAUAGAGUCCCAGGAAGAGCUGAAGAUCCCCUCUAUCCCUUGUGGAACUCCUCAGCCCACAGAAGGCACUGUCCAGGAUGCAGUCAUAGUGAGUGCCAGUGAACCCGAACCAGAGACAGAGACAGAACCAGAACCAGAAGCAGAAGCAGAGCAGGAGGCUGAGGCUGAGGCCAAACAGGGAACGGAGACACCCAAGGAAAUAGAGGCUACAGAGCUGGGACCAGAGAGUGAGGUGGAGCAAGGACCAGAGAGAGAGCCAGAAGAAAGUGCAAUACUCAGUGAAAAAGAGAGGCAGAAUGAGGAAGUGAAUGAAAAAGACAACUGCUCUGCAUCCAGUAUAUCCUCAGCAAGCAGCACUUUAGAGAGGGAAGAGAGAGAGGACAAGUUAACCAGUGACAGUGAAACUGGUCCAUGGUCACAGACCAUUCAGGAUGCUGGUGUGAAUGAGCAGUGCAGCAACAUCCUCAACAACAAGCGCUUUAUGCUGGACAUGUUGUAUGCCCAUAACAAAAAGCCCAAAGAUGAAGAGGAGAAGGAGCUGGAGGCGAAGGARGAAAAGAAGGAGACGGAGGAAAGCGAGGAGUCACUCACUAGCCUAGCCAGCAGGAUCUCCAUUCUUCAGGCCACAAAGCAGGCCAAAGAUGAAAGUGUCAAAAAGAUGGAGAUUGGAAAUCUGGACAACCAAGGCAGUGUGAAAGCCUUUGCAGAAAAAUUUAACAGUGGUGAGCUGGCUAAGGGGACAGCAGUGCCUGAAGACGAAACCAAUGAACAGGUCCCYGAGAAAACAGCAGCACAGACAAAGAAGGAGUCUGAUUACAUCUGGGAUCAGCUCAUGGCUAAUCCUCGAGAACUUAAAAUCAAAGACAUGGAUUUUACAGACUUGGGGGAGGAGGAUGAUGUAGAUGUGUUGGACAUGGAUAUGGGUCCUGGGGACUCCCUUGUUCCCCCUCCUCCACCUCCACCUUCUUUCCUGGGUUUGCCUCCUCCGCCGCCUCCCCCAUUGUUUGGAUGUCCGCCUCCACCUCCGCCCUCUGCUAAUUUAUUGGCUCCUCCUCCACUGUUCAGCACUCCUCAGGGUUUAGGGUCACCCCAGGUUUCUAGGGGUCAGCCAGCAUUUAUAAAGAAGAAGAAAACUAUCCGUCUGUUUUGGAAUGAGGUACGGCCGUUUGAGUGGCAGUGUAAAAACAACAAACGCUGCAGAGAAUUCCUGUGGUCGAAACUGGAACCCAUUAAGGUGGACACUUCCAAACUGGAGCAUCUCUUUGAGUCUAAAUCCAAGGAACUGCCUGUCACAAAGAAAACUGCUGCGGAUGGGAAGCGACAGGAGAUCAUUGUGUUGGACUCAAAGCGAAGCAACGCCAUUAAUAUUGGCCUGACUGUGCUGCCCCCUCCCCGCACCAUCAAGACUGCUAUUUUGAACUUYGACGAAUAUGCCUUAAACAAGGAAGGAAUAGAGAAAAUCCUGACCAUGAUCCCAACUGAGGAGGAAAAGCAGAAGAUCCAGGAGGCACAGCUGGCAAAUCCCGAUGUUCCCCUGGGCAGUGCUGAGCAGUUCCUUCUCACCCUCUCCUCCAUCAGCGAACUCUCCGCCAGGCUCCAGCUCUGGGCUUUCAAGAUGGACUAUGAGAUAGUGGAAAAGGAAGUUGCAGAACCACUGCUAGACCUGAAGGAAGGAAUGGACCAACUGGAGCACAAUAAAACCUUGGGAUUUAUUCUUUCUACUCUACUGGCCAUUGGGAACUUUCUGAACGGAACCAACGCCAAAGCUUUUGAGUUGAGCUACCUCGAGAAGGUUCCAGAAGUCAAGGACACAGUGCACAAACAGUCCCUCCUGCACCACGUUUGCACUAUGGUGGUAGAAAAGUUCCCAGACAGCACUGAUCUUUAUUCAGAGAUCGGGGCCAUCACUAGGUCAGCCAAGGUUGACUUUGAACAACUCCAGGAAAACUUGUGUCAGAUGGAAAGACGGUGCAAGGCAUCAUGGGAUCACCUUAAGGCUAUAGCAAAGCAUGAAAUGAAGCCAAGUCUAAAGCAAAAAAUGUCUGAGUUCCUUAAAGACUGUGCAGAAAGAAUCAUAAUCCUGAAGAUUGUUCAUAGAAGAAUAAUUAACAGGUUUCACUCAUUUUUGUUAUUUAUGGGCCAUCCUCCCUACGCAAUACGUGAAGUCAACAUCAAUAAGUUCUGCAAAAUUAUCAGUGAAUUUGCUCUGGAAUACCGCACCACCAGGGARCGAGUUUUGCAGCAAAAACAGAAACGAGCUAACCACAGGGAAAGAAACAAGACCAGAGGGAAAAUGAUAACAGAUUCCGGCAAGUUCUGCAGCAGCUCACCGCCCUGCCAGAGCCAGCCCCAGGGCCUGCAGUAYGCCGAGGACGCUGCCGAGCACGAGAACAUGAAGGCGGUGCUGAAGACCUCCUCGGGCGGCGGGGAAAGCACCAUGGCGCUCGGCGUCCGCACGCGCAGCCGCGCCAGCCGAGGCCGUAUCGGUUCGUGGAACGCUGGCAACGACGAUUCACCCAACGCAACGGACGAUGCCGCGGAUGAGAUCAUGGAUCGCAUCGUCAAGUCYGCCACCCAAGUGCCAAGCCAGCGAGCGGUGCCUAGAGAGAGGAAACGGUCACGAGCAAAUAGGAAAUCAUUGAGAAGGACACUAAAGAGUGGGCUAACACCAGAAGAAGCCAAAGCACUGGGCCUCAUCAGCACUUCUGAGAUGCAGGUUUGACACCCCRGAGGUGGCAACAAGAAGAGCUGUUCACCUGAAGCACACAGGCUGACAACCCGUCAGUGCUGCACUGAACUGCCUCCUCUGCUGCUGCCAGCAUCCUGCCCUCUGUUAGCUCCAUUUUAAUAAGCAACUGAAAACAAAACCCCACAUCCAGGGCAGAAGAAGGGUGUGCCACAGCUCAGCGUGACAUCCAGAUGGUAACUGAGGAGGCAUUUGAGUGUUCCUAGGUGAAAGCACAUGGCUUCUUCUCCUCGUGUUGUGUUGAUGUGGGGAGGAGGGGGCUCUCUGAGUUAUUGUCAUUAUGUGAGCUGUGUUUACGUUGGCUUUCCUUGUGCCCUGUUUUAGUCAUUGUAAAUGUAUGGCAUUUUGUCAAUGCAAGGAACAGUCCUUAAAGAGGCAAAAUAACUCCUGUUACAGCAACCCCAGUUUUCCUGAAGCAGAUUCAUUAAGCAAAGAUGCACAGUCUGUGCAGCCCUGUGGUUUGUUGGGUUUUUUUAAUUAUUUUGCCACCAAAGAAUGUAAAAAUGUAUGUGUACCUUUGUAUAUGUACAGAAUGAAUGUGUGGAGAUGUGUGCAUGUAUCUGUACAUAUAUAGUCAUGGUGUGAAAUCAUGCUCUGGCUGAAGCUAGAUGGACCAUGAUUUUCACUGUGGGGCCUUACUGUUCCACUGGACAGGAGGAAAAGAAUGUCUUUUUUGCAGGAACUCAGUGUUGUUCAGUGAUUGACCCUGUGGGGCAGGCCAGGGCCUGCAGUACAAGUGGAGAGUUUAGGAUCCUGAAUUCACGUGCAUUCAUGCACACUCAUACUGUACAUAGCAGYAUGCACACAGAGGAGAGAACACAAUUUCUCUCUCUUGUUGAGCUAUGGCUGUACUCUGCAUUUGUACAGUUUCAGAGAGAUCUAUGUCAACCAUUCUACAUACUCGAUAAAUGCAUUUGGAUGCUAAGAUCAAGAAGUUUGUUCACUUGCCUGUGCCCUUCAUGCUGCUUUUCUCUGCUGCAAGAUAAUGUGGUGGUGAUUUUAUUUCAAUUUAAUGAAUCUGAAUAUGAAAUAGCCCUGCUAAAAMAGCCUGCUGUGUUUUUGCUGUUCUUUACUGGUUUUUUGUGGUUAUCCUUGGUACAAGUGGAGUGGGUACCACAGUAAACAACUCCUAUGUAUUUGCCCUUGUCUCAGUGUUUUAUAACUGAGUUUGAUAAACUGCCCUCAGCAUGUUUGAAGAACUUYUAGUCAACUCAUCUGCCUUUAAGUGGAGGACAUAUACAGCAGUGAAGAUGAAUUGAGCACAGCCACCCCAGCCAGUGCUGGAGUCUUUUUGAAGAGAACCGCAAACAACAAUAACAUAAAAGGGAACUUUUUAAGCCAAAGUCUGUAUAUGGCCAAUUGAUCCUCAAGAAUGCACAAGAUUGUCUCUUUCCAUUGCCUUAGCCUCUAAGAUGAAGGGUAUGUCUGCACAGCAGUAACAGCUGAGACUUUGUUCCACAUGAUUAACUGAGGAACUGCAGCAGUUCAAUCAUGGCAACAGGGUUUGAUUUUGGCUGCAAAACACACUUGGAAAGUAGAGUUAAAUAGUCUAUGCUGGGUCCUAAUGCCAUAGCUGUGUUGCAUCUGGCACCCAAGCUAAGUCAGGUACUUCAAGUUAUUCUACUCUGCUCUCUUUAAGGACAGGAUAAUGGCUGAAGAUUGUUCAGGAGAGUUGAACCAAACACAAUAAACCUUUGUAACCUCGGUCAUCCAUCACAUCAUAUUGAACACAACUUCCAAGUGGUGAGAGAGCCAGGUUGCUGACAACACUGCAGUGAGAACUGUGGCUGGACAUCCAGUCUAUGCAGUCCACCCUCUUGACUAUUACAUUUCAUUCUUUAUCUGCUGAUGCCUUGGAUCUCCCAUGAAGUAAAAAAUCACUAAUGAGCCAUGGUUCUUAAGAACAGCAUUGAGUUUGAUGUGGUUUUCCCCUCAAUUCGUUGAAAUGCAGAUUUUACAAGUAGAGAAGGCAGUCGUUGGGUAAUCAGUCUAAUAUGUUGUGUGUUUGAAGGCUAUGGAAAGAAGGAAGCUGGUUAGGAAACAGAAGUGGCAUAUAACUAAUUUCACUGAAAAAUAUGCAAGACCUACAAGAAUCUGGAUCUUUAUGUGCUGCUCGCCAUUAUGGACUUUUCAAAUCUCGCUUAAGGAUGCUUAGAACAAAGAAAUGAAGGUAAUGGGGGUUCGUGGAGGUGUUUGAAGUCUGAAACAAGAGGAAGACACUCUGAAUGUAAUGGUCAUGUUGAACUGUGCUACUUGCUAAGUGAUAAAAAAAAAGAAAAAUGAAACAGACUGCAUUUAUGCUGACAGAGAUCCUAUAUUUGGUUGGAGGGAGAAAAUCAAGCAAGUCUUUAAUAUUUUAGUUAAAAUAUGUUGAAUGUGCAAAAUUGGUGACCCCUUGACUGUUGGUGGCCACUUGCUGGUAUGGAAGACAUUUGUGUUUCAUUUAAACACAGUACAGCAUCUGUCUGUGGAACAUAACAUAGAUGAUGAAUUACUAAUAGUUGGGCAUAUGGAUUUUCCAAACUGUGCGAAACAUUAUAUGCUACUUAUCAAGGAGACCAUUAAAUAUGGGGAAUAAUACAGGCUAGAAUCAGUUCAGUGGAAACAAAAGGUGGUUUCUUCCAGAUUCUCUGGGUGCAAGUGUCUUACAUGUGAAGCAUAUUCUUCCUUUGCUGUUGUAUUUGUUUUUCUGUUUGUGCUCUCUAUCUGUAAGACUGAUACCAACUUUUCUGAAGAAUAACUUGGUCUUGUUUAUGCAAUUCCAUAUAAUCAGAUAAAUUCCACUCUCCUCAGUUAAUUGCAAAAAAUCAUCAGUGUAGUGCAGUAACUACAGAAAAGAUUUCCUUUCUGAAGGAACCUUUCUGAAGRUUCCUGAUAAAAGUGACCAACUAAUCUGUAAGGUGGCAGUAUUUCUUCCAGAGUCUGCCAGCAUGUCCUGACUGUAGGAAUGGCUUUUUGUUGCCCUUCAUCUAACACUAUAGUGGAUUCCUAAUGAAAUGGAGGAAUUCAUAAUAUUUUGUAUGCCUCUGUCUGUCUAGUGAGAUGGUAACCUUCAGGUUUAGAGCUGCUGCCUGCCCUUCCUUCAUCUUCUUCAUGGAAGAGCCCACUAUAAGGAUGUCAUACCUGUUUUAAGAUAAGUUUUGUGUGAGAUACRGAUUGGUUUGUGAAAAAUAUCAAAGUCUUGGGUACACAAUGUAACACAUGUUCCAUUUCUCACUUAGAGAUCCAUGAAGGCUGUUUUUAAACACUUGCAGCCAUAAUAACUACCUUUCUUCCCUUUCCCAUAGAACCAGUCAGGGCAAAUGCAGUGCCCAGAGCUUUGUAACUCCACCAAGCUCUCAGAGUCACUGCUGGUGUUCAUUUCAGCACUCAUCUGCUACCAAUAAUUUGUCUGUCUGACUGCCACCAUGAUACCUUUCUGAGCUGGAUGCUGAGGUAAACUUUAGCACAUGAAAUAGCCUCCAAAGGGAAGAUAUCCUAAUUUUCUUUCAUCUCACGUGUUUAAAAGCAGACUGCAUACAAAUACUUUCUAUAAUCUCAUUCCAAAGCAAAGAUAACGCUCAGUAGCAGUUGUGUGGUUGCAGUGAMGACACAUCCAGGGAAUUCUUGUGUGCCACACUCGAGGGUAAAAGAUCCCUCACAAAAGUUAAAUUCAUCACUCUUCACCUUUCAGUCAGGCCAAACACCAGGCUUAUGGAUUCCAGAUGUUUUAUAGCCCCUUGGCUGCUACGUCUGACCUUUCUCUUUGAUAGCUCCUUGUCCAUAAUCCAAAAUCAACCAAAAAAAAAUCAUUUAAUGAGAGUUUUUCUUCCUUAAGUGCUGAAGCAGCAUGAAACAUGAUUUUGAAAGUUGAUUUCUUUUUCUCUUUUGACACCCUUUUUACUAAAUCUUUGCAGUGGUUGAUUCUGUCAGCAAAGUAAGGCAUCAGUUUUGUAGAUAGACAAGACUGGUUGUAGUGUAAUAGAUAAUCACAUGUGAAUAUCAAAAUAACAGUUAAUUUCCCAAUUUAACAGAAAUUUGGAGUCAGAGUCUUGAUGUGAGUGAGCAGCAAGGGCCUCCUGCAAGGUUCUGCAGGACAGCACCUUAAAUCCCUGGUGUGCUGUGCUCUAAAUGUACCCUGGCCAACACUAAAGGCUAUUGGGAAGUUGCAUUAAGGACUUCAGCCACCGCUGCAGCCCUGAGGGGCACGGUGCCACUGUGUGGCUGAUGGCAGAGUCUGGGUUCAACUAUGCUGCUGUGGUUAUUGCAAUGCUUUGCUUUCACAGAGGUGAAAUGGGAACAAGGUGUCAGCCCACCAAUUUCACGUCCUUCAUCCUUCCUCUGCAGCCCAUGGACAGGUGCACAUGCUGCCUGCCUCUGUCCAAAGGAUGCACAGAGACAUGGAGUUGGGCAGAAGCAGGAGAUAUUCCCCUCUUGUUUUCACUCCUGUAGCUCACUGCACAUGUUGCAGUCCUCCCGUUUCCUUCACGGCGGGCAAUGCGUGCGCUGGUGGGCAGCCUGGCCCCAGGACGCARUCACAGGGUGGCUCUGCGCUUCCAGCAGCAGGAAAACACUUGUCUAAGCUGGAAGGGAUAUACCUGUCAAUGUUCCUCUGGAGGAAAAACUGCCAGGUACUUACAGGCUCUGAAAGAAAAUAAACUGAGGUGUUUUUGAAAGAGAAAAUGUUUGGUUUUAGGCAACUAUUGAAAACCAUUGACAAACAUUAGAAUGGCAUGUAAAGCCCACCUUCCUUUGCUUGAACUGGGGCAGGAACUGGCUCAAUUGGCAUUUCAGAUGUGACCCCAAGACGUUUUUGGCAAGCAGUUUAAUAGUUACGUAGCAAGUAAUGCAAGGAGUUUCCGAGAUGUUGUAUAGUUUUAUGUUUACGCCAAAAAAAAUUCUAAUUAGUCCAUUUCACAUUGAGUGGCAGAUAGAGAUAUUUUGUUUAAUCACUAUCUAACACAGAGGCUUCUGUGAAAGAAAAGGUUUAUUUGUAGCAUUGGAUGCAUUUCUCCUUUUUAAAGACUGUUUUUGCGCAUAUAGUGUCCUUUUUUUGUGAGCUGGGAAUUGUAAAAAAAUGUAAAGUAGAAAAGGACGUGUUUCUUAGACAAAGGAGAAAUACUGUAAAAUUGUGUAAAUGUCACUAYUCAUGUUUUUCCAUGUAGCAUAGUGUAAAAUAGGCUCUCCAGCAGUGUUAUUCUGUGAAUUGUAAUUUAAAAAACAAGCCAUGCAUGGUCAGAGAUAUUAUCUACAGGUCCUCUUGGUUGAGUUUUUGGUUCUGUUUGUUGUUUUCUCAUUUUAGGUGAAUUCAUUCUAUGUUAAAUUUAAUUGUCCAUGAAAAUGCGUUUUUAUUUCUGUUUUAUUUCAUAAAGAACUUGAAUUACUCUUUUAAGAUUUUAUUACACACGAAGCUCACCUACCGUUUGCAUUGAUCCUUCAGAAGCUGUGUCACAUUUAGUCUAAACUAGGGGGGAUUCUGUUUUUAUCUGCCUCUUGUCCCCCAACUCUUCCCACAUUACUGUCUGGAAAGAUCCAAUCACACCCUAUUUUUUUUUUCUGUGCCAUGCAGGGUCAAUAUGGAAAACUGACCACAGACCAGUGUCCAAAAUUUCUUGAUAUAAGUAGUUAAAAAGCUCACCUCUACAGCAUUAUGUAAACACAUCUUGCAAUAAAGCUUUAUA